UUCAAGCGUGGUGUCCUGUUGCGUGAUCUCCCGCAGCUAUCCUCAGGAAAGCAAAACCAUCUCUGUUCACUGACCAUCAGCGCUGAGCGCCACAUCCAAGUGCGCUGCGCUGUGUUGAGUCCGCUCUGGAGAGGUGAAAACAUCAGGAAUAAAACUCAUUUCAUAUUUUAUAUUUGAAAACCGGAGUCACCAGAGAUGAUGAAUUAUAUUUUCAUCUGCCUGCUAUGUGGAUUGUAUGGUGUUCUUGCAAAAGACAAAGAACAAAGGGGGAAGUACAGCGUCCCUAUUCUGGACGUGAAAGCCCAGCAGCUGGUCCUUGACAUCAACCAGACACUACUGCUCAACUGCAGGGGUCGCUGGGAGCUGACCUGGGCAAUCCCAUCAGGUGUGAACAGAGAUCAGGUGCGAAUAGAGGAGUCUCGCUGCGGCAGGACAAGCCAGCAGUACUGCAGUAAAGUGACGGUCAGCAGCACCCAGACACAGCAUACUGGCCUGUUCCACUGUAGAUACCGGCAACGAACCCGAAAACAGACCUCCAUCUAUGUCUAUGUCGCAGACAGCCAGCAGCCAUUUGUGGAACAUCCGGGAAUGAGCCCAGAUGUGUUGUACAUGAAGGAGAAGCAGCCGCUGGUCAUCCCCUGCCGGGUCACGCACCCCAACAUCACCACUACGCUGGUCAAGUUCCCCAGUCACAGCCUGAGUCCAGAUCAGAGGAACAUCAUUUGGAACAGCAAGCAGGGCUUCACCAUCCGAACCCCCACCUUCUAUUACAUUGGUCUCUUCUAUUGCCAGACAAUCACUGACGGUGUCACACACAAGUCACGUAUAUACUUUGUGCACAGACCAGUAAGUAAAAUCAUGGAGGUGUAUCUGAACAGCAGUGGACCUGUGCAGGCCCUGAAGGGGGAGAGACUGGUCUUGAACUGCACUGCCACUGGGGAGUUGAACACCAGAGUCAACAUCACCUGGGACUACCCUGGAAAGAAUAACAACACCAGCUCUACUUCAAAGAGGCUACUGAAACACAGAACGCACAUGUUGUUCUACAAUAUUCUGACCAUCCCAAAGCUUCAGCGUUCAGACCGAGGCCUCUACACUUGCCGUGUGACCAGCGGGGAAAACACAAAACAACAGAAAGUCACUGUCACUGUGUAUGACCGUCCGUUUAUUCGGCUCAAGCCCAGACAUGAGUCUGUGAUGGAGGUACAGGCAGGACAGAAAUCUUACAAAAUCUCUCCAAAACUACGAGCAUUCCCCGCUCCUGAAGUCAUCUGGUUGAAGGAUGGCAUGGUGGCAGCAGAGCAAUGCUCCAGAUACCACAUGGAUGGGAGCUCCCUGGUAAUCCGGGAUGUGGCAGAGGAGGAUGCUGGGAAGUAUACCGUCCUGGUACGAAUCCAAGAACAUGGACUCUACCAGAAUCUCACGCUCACACUUGUGGUCAAUGUGAGUCCUCAGAUAGGGGAGAAGGCAGUGUCGUUGCAGGACCCGGGCUCAGUGCCACGGGGGAGCAGACAAGCCCUUCACUGCACAUCUCACGGGAUCCCUCCUCCACACAUCCAGUGGCUCUGGCAUCCCUGCCCGUCCAAAGGCCUGUGUGUAUGUCCAGCGUCCUCCUCGCUAUGGAGCCCUGUGACUGAGAGAGUCCCCACCACGUCCACAAGCAACCACAUCCUGAGUAUUACGCACAGACAGGAAGUACUUCAAGGGAAGAAAAAGACAGUGGGAGUCCUGACUGUGGCAGAGGCCUUUGUGUCUGGUGUCUAUUGCUGCGUUGCCUCCAACUCUGCAGGCACAGACCAGCUGGACAUCCACUUCUACGUCACAGAUGUCCCAGGAGGCUUCAGUGUAAACCAGAGGGAGGAGCCUAGAGAGGGUGGAGACCUCCAUCUCACCUGUGUAGCCAAUAAGUACCUGUACACAGCGCUGUCAUGGCAACGAGUGAAUGACACAGGAGAAGCCCAGUCCCGUAGCCUGAGCAGUCAGCAGCUCACAUCAGGAGAGUUUUCUAAUUCUCUGGUCCUGUUGCUAAGCAACCUGACAGCCAGAGACUCUGGAGCCUACAGAUGCUCCGCCCGCCACCUGGUCACUGGACAGGAGACACACCGAGACACACAGGUGGAGGUCACAAUUUUGGAGGCUCCUCUGCUGCUUAAUAAUCUGACAGACUGUACUGUCAACGUCAGCAGCUCAGUGAUCCUUAGCUGUCCCUCUGAAGGGGUCCCACCCCCAACCAUCACAUGGUAUAAGGAUGAACGUGCUCUGUCGCAGGGAUCAGGUAUUGUGAUAUCACCAGAAGAUGGGACCCUCCAUAUUGAUCGAAUCGCAGUGGAGGACCAGGGCCUUUAUACGUGCCAGGCCACCAAUGACAGAGGAUCUGCAGAGAGCUCUGCCUAUAUAUGGGUCACCGGUGCCUCAGAAGCCUCAUUUCUGGAGAUUCCUGCACUUACCUGUACCUGUGUGGUGGCCACCCUCUUCUGGCUCUUGCUCACACUCUUCAUACGCAAACUGAAACAGCCUAGCAGGUCAAACUGCAAACCAGAGUACCUGUCGAUCAUUGUGGACAGAGGAGACGGGCCAAUAGAGGAACAGUGUGAGAGACUGCAAUACGAUCCAAACCAAUGGGAGUUCCCUCGGGAGCGGCUCAAAUUAGGGAAGCCUCUGGGCCGUGGAGCCUUUGGUAAGGUGAUGCAGGCAGCUGCGUUCGGUAUAGACAAUGCCACCAGCUGCAGGACUGUGGCUGUUAAGAUGCUCAAAGAGGGAGCUACAGCCAGUGAACACAAAGCACUGAUGACUGAACUGAAAAUCCUCAACCACAUCGGACAUCACCUGAAUGUAGUCAACCUGCUGGGAGCUUGCACCAAGCCGGGAGGACCGCUGAUGGUUAUUGUUGAGUACUGUCGCUAUGGAAAUCUGUCUACCUUCCUGAAGGGCAAGAGAGAGGUGUUUGUGCACAACACUCCGGCCGGAGAAAAGGAUGGAGGGCCAGGUUGUGGCAGCAGCAUGUCUGAGUUGGUUGAAAGUCACCAAAAAGAGAACGACCCAGAUCCCAAAUCUGCCUCUAGCUCUCCUUUAUUCCUGGAGGAUCUCAUCUCCUUCAGUUUCCAGGUGGCGCGAGGAAUGGAGUUUCUGGCAUCUCGGAAGUGUAUUCACAGAGACCUGGCAGCCAGGAACAUUUUGCUUUCUGACAAUAAAGUGGUCAAGAUCUGUGACUUUGGCCUGGCCAGAGACAUCUACAAAGACCCUGACUACGUCCGCAAGGGAGAUGCUCGUCUCCCUCUGAAGUGGAUGUCUCCAGAGUCCAUCUUUGACAAAGUGUUCACCACACAGAGUGAUGUCUGGUCCUUCGGCAUUCUGCUGUGGGAGAUCUUCUCUUUGGGAGCUUCCCCGUACCCUGGUCUGCACAUAGAUGAAGAGUUCUGCCACAGACUGAAGGGGGGAACAAGGAUGCGAGCACCUGAAUACAGUACACCUGAGAUUUACAGCACAAUGCUGUCAUGCUGGGAGGCCAGUCCCUCAGAUCGACCCACCUUCACUGACCUGGUGGAGACCCUGGGAGACCUGCUACAAGCGAGGGUCCAGCAGGAUGGAAAAGACUAUAUUCCUCUGGGCUCUUUCAUAACUGGAGACACUGGUCGCAGUGAGACCUUCAAAGAAAACCCGCUCGCAGUCACAAAUCUGAGUUACAUGAGGGGUAUGGCCACACUUCAGACGUUUGAGGAACUCUCCUGCGAGAAGCGAGACAGCCCUGAUGAUGAGCAAAGUGACAGUGGCAUGGUCCUACCAUCUGAGGAGCUGAGGCGUCUGACAUGGAACUACAACACCAAGAGCAGGAAACUCAGCAGGUGGCAAUUUUUAAUACCUGACCAGUGA